AUGUCGCCAAGCGCUGUUCAAGAAAACGUGGACGAUGUUCCGGCUCUGACCAAGGCGGUCACUCAGCCUCCCACAGAAGCCGAUUUCUCCACAUUCCGGUCCCUCGUCCCCCUUGUAGCUGACGACAAAAUCACUUAUCUCAAUGCGUCCUACCAACCCCCUUCCAACCUAGUUAUUCACGGUGCCAUCACCAAGUUUGCCUCUGAUGCGCUCUACAACCCUCACCCCAAGCCUCAGUGGCAAAGCGCCGUCGAGGAUACCCGCGCCCUGAUAGGACGGUACAUCAAUGCAGACCCAUCCUCCAUAGCCUUUACUCGCGAUACAACGGAGGGCUUGGGAUACUUUAUUCGAAGCCUCAAAUUCGAACCCGGCGAUAACGUGGUUGUCCUGGACACUGAGCAUCCGAACCAUGUGUAUGGAUGGAUGACUUUGCGCAAGGCUGGUCUCGAAGUCAGACAGGUGCCCACCAUCCCAGAGGCGCAAAAGACUGGCAAUGUGACCGCCGCGAACGCCGAGACAUUUGCACCCUACGUCGACGACCGUACCCGAGCGAUCGGUCUCAGCUCCAUCAUGUUCCACAGCGGCCAGUGGAACGACGUCGCCGGCAUCUGCAGGACGUUCAGGCCUCGCGGCAUCCAUGUCCUGGCAGACCUUACCCAGCAAGUUGGUUUUGCCGAAGUUGAUGUUCAAGCCCUGGGUAUCUCGGCGGGGGCUUUCAGCCUGCACAAGGGUCUCAACUGCCCAACGGGCUUCGCUGCGCUCUAUGUGCACCCGGAUUUCAUCAAGCAACAUGAUCCCGCACCCCCAAUCGCUGGCUACGGUGCCGUUAGCAAUGUCCGAUCCGAUCUUCUGGUUCCUUCAGAGGAAGUCGUGUAUCACUCGACGGCGCGGCGGUACGAACACCUGAACCUCAGCCUGGUCGCCACCGCCGCCGCAAAGGCUUUUUUGACUUUUUACCUGGACUCCAUGGUCCCAAGGCGUGUACAAGAGCACCUCUACCAUCUUGGUGAUGCGCUGAGAGAAGAGUGCGAGGCUCUUGGAGUGAGUAUCGUUGGGCCUUCCACCAGAAAGGAGCAUGCACCUCACCUGUACAUCCUCAAUUUGCAUGACUCGAGAUGGAUGGAUCUGUUGAUGGAAAAUGGGGUGUUCGUUACGCCCUAUCGUCUGGGUAUCAGGGUCUCGUUUGGGUUCUAUAAUAAGUCUUCGGACGUGAAAAAGCUUGCAACUAUUCUAAGGGCUGGGGUUGAUCAAGGUCUUCCUUUGCCGUAG